AUGUGCAUAAUUGUUUAUUUAACAGCUGUAGUUCAGGAACAAUGUAUACAAAUCUGUCAAGAUGAAAAUAAAUUACUUGAUAAUGAAACAGAAUUAUAUUCUAAUGGUGUUUAUUUGCCAGUUUCACAUAUACUUUCAUAUAGAUAG